UUGUCGCGAUGCUUUGACGAACGCAGCGGGACAAAGGACGCUUUCGUGCGCAGGCGGAGAGACGCCAUGUUCAUUUGUCAACGGACGUCAAGGUGUUCCCGUGCGGCAGGAACGGCAGGAAUGAGCAGCCGCUUACUGCCCGCUACUGGAUAGAAACCAGGAGGAGACCGAGCAGGACCGAGGCCGGUCCCGUGAGUAAAGGAUUCUUCGUUUCCUUUCAUCCCGUCUUGUCUCGUCCGGUCAUGGAGAGCGACGCCGUUGCCGCCGUUUCAGCCGAGUCGCAGAAGCGCAAACGCGAGGAAUACGAGAUGCAGCUGUUCGGCUUCCAUUCCCGAGCCGUUUACGCGACUCUCAAGAGUAUUGUAAUGGAAGGGAUACAAUCUAGGAGCAGAAAAUUAUGUGAAACGUUGGAAAAAGUACAUAAGACAGACGCUGCUAACUUGGCCAUGCUAAAGGCGAAUGAAGAGAGGCUUGUAAAAGCUUACAACACAGCUGCUGCGCCUUAUUUAAAAAACUUAGAGAAUAUUGUGAACAAAUUCAUUGCUGUGCCCAACAAUGUUCUGGCGGAUGAGGAUAAAAUUCAAGAGAUACAAUACACUGAAGCAGAAUUUGAGAAUAUACGCGGGAAACUAGAGGAAUUACAGCAAAGAGCAAGACGAGCGGCUGUGUUGAACGCGUCAUUGAAUGAGGAAUUACAGCUCAUAGAACAAUUUUCGAUCUGUGCGGACAAUACCGAUAGGCUGAGUCACAUAAUUGAGAGCAGCAUUAAAUGCCCGGAUGUCAGUGACAAAAUUCAUCAAUUGGUCGAGUAUUAUAAACGAUUCAGCGCGUUCCUUGACGAUGGGGUACCUGUGUCCGAAAAGUCGAUCUAUAAUGCGAUCGAUGAUCUCAAAUGUAUAGACUGCAAUAUGGAUGCCUUAUAAUAGCAUAGAAAAAAAAAUAUUUUAGCAACUCUUUGAAUGCUUAGUUGUUAAUACUACUGCCUUUUUGAGAUUAUUAUGUAAAUAUGUAAAUAAAAUCGUUCUGCAGAUAUUUUUUA